CAGUACAUGUGAGAGGAGGACGCAGUGUUGCGGUUCCGCUAGUGUUCAGCAAAACUUAGGCAGACGCACGCGCCGAGACCGUAUUAUAUACACGCUACCGAGUACACCGUGUAAUUGCGUUCCGUUUUAAUUAAAAAAAAGCUAAUAUAAUUUAGCUGAUUAUUUUGUGGUUUUUUAUAUUUAUAAAUUUUAUCCUAACAAUGCUUGGGUGUUUUGUGAAGUGAUUUAUUAUUUUUUAUAAAGAUUGGAAAAUAAAACUGUUAAGCGGAAGGACAAAAUACUUAAUAUACAAUUUCCAUGAAUCAACUCCAUACAAGAGAGGUCUCUCAAUUAAAAGGACGAAUGACGAAUUUUCCAACAUAAUUUUUAACGGAAUAAUCUGAAAACUACAUCAAAAUGCAGAUGAUACGGUCAUUCUUUAAAAGGAUCCUCGAUGAUCUAAAGCAGAAGAAACUUCUACCUCUCAAGAUAUUGUGCUUUGUGCAUGCUUCUACACACGUUGUCUUAUAUCCAUAUUUAACGAUUCAUAUGAGAGAAUUAGGCAUAAGUGUAGAAGAGACAGCAGUUAUGUCAUCAUUAACACCACUUUUUUUGAUCAUGAUACCACCGCUUGCUGGAUUAUUUGCGGACAAAAUUGGCAAUUUUAGAUUAUUAUUGGCGCUAACAUCAGUCUUGGGAGGUCUAUCAGCAUUGUUGAUGCUGACUGUACCAGUAGGAAGAUUGAUGGUCACCUACCCACCUUCUGUAGAGCUUGUAGCGUCAUGUAAUGGCCAAAACCUGCGACUUCAACAUGUCAGUCAAUAUUCUUGCCAACCACUACAUCAGUAUGCCCAUGAAACUAAUCUUACGGUAGAGUCAUGCGGAUAUAUUUGCGAGUUACCAAACGCGUCACCUGAAGAGAUGGAUGCGGUACUUCGAAGUAAUUUAUACAAUGUAAACUUACAGUCCCCGAUACAAUCAACGAGACUUUAUUACCAAAAUAUUUACAAUUCAUUGUCAAGAGAUUCCAAACCAGUGAAAGACCAAACGAGAGUUCGAAUAUUGACUAACGAUCCUUAUUUUAAUUCUACGAUGAGAAAAGUUACCGAUAACAAGAUAUUUUUUCCCGUGCCUCAAUUAUAUAAGAUGGAAUGUAAAUACGAAGUCACGAAUGCAACUUGUACUUUAGGAAAAUCCGAUUUAUUAUCUCAGACAGACGCUGGUGCGGAAUAUGAAUUUCGUGCGAGAUUAUCGCAUGACGUAAAAACUGGAAAUAAUGAAGUUCAUGAAUAUAAAGUUAGAUCCAUAUUAAAAGAGAAUGGAACCAAAUAUGGUGAUGACUUUAAUGGAGUUGAUAGCACUACGUGCAUUGAUAAAUUAAGCCAAACAGAGAACGUGGAUGAUCUUUCAGUGUGGGUGCAAGUUAACUCUAAACGAUUCUCAAAAUGUUAUUCUGCUUGCGCGGCGACCGCUCCAAGGACAAGUCUUUGCGAGAACAGUCAAGAGCAGGUUGAAAUCGACCCAGCUCUAACAUUUUGGACUUACAUGGCUGUUCGUGUAUUCGUGGGCAUCAUUGGCGGAACUUCGUUCGCGAUGUUCGAAGGCGCCGUGAUCGCCAUCAUCAGGGAACAGUGCGCGGACUACGGGCUGCAGAAAGUCUAUGGCAGUUUUGGUGGCAUUCUAUCUUCGCCCCUUUCUGGAUUGCUCAUCGAUUAUGCUAGUAGGGGGAAAGGAUACAGGGACUUUAGACCGGCAUUCUAUCUGUAUGCAGUACUGAAGGUCCUUUGCGGGGCUCUAAUGCUGAGCCUCGACCUCGAGUUCAAGAAACCCGCCAAAACUCUCGUGAAAGAUGUUAUCACAGUGUUCAAGAGUUUCGAAAUUCUUGCCCUUCUUAUUGCGUGUGUUGUCAUGGGUACUGCAUGGGGUUACUUAGAGAGUUUCCUAUUUUGGUUCCUACAAGACUUGGGAGCAUCUCAGUCACUCAUGGGGAUUACAAUCACCGUAGGUGGUGUGGCUGGUUUGCCCUUACUAGUUCUCUCUGGCCCUAUCAUCAGUAAAAUUGGACACUCCAAUGUGCUUUUUAUUGGUUUCGUCUUUUAUGCUAUCAGACUUUUCGGGUACUCGUUGAUCUACAAUCCGUGGCUGAGUUUAAUAUUCGAGGCCAUGGAGUCGGUGACGUUGUCUCUGUCGUUUACGGCCGCGGUCACGUACGCGGCGCUGCUGUCGUCGACAACUACCGACACCUCCGUACAAGGGCUGCUCGGAGGGCUCUAUUAUGGUGUUGGUAAAGGUGCGGGAAGUUUAUCCGGUGGUUACUUGAUGAAAUACUUCGGCACACGAACUACAUAUCGACUUUUCGCCGGCGCGACACUUGUAACGGGAUGCAUAUACUUCCUCUUCAACAGGUUUUGCAUAAGAAAGUUUGUAAAGGAUCGAGAGAACAAUGCUUGUAAAAAGGCCAACAUGUUGGACGUAGAGGGCGUUGAAACGAUACGCGGACAAAAAGUAAAUACAGAUGUCGCUAAAGACGCGUCGAAACUUAAUGAAAUGUCAAACUUGGACCGAUUGAAGUUAGUCACGGAUAGUACAGAUGGCGGUAGUGACUCCGGUGUUGAAAACCCAGCGUACACUGAACACGAAGGAUCAGCCGCUGAAAACGUGAAACGAGAAGAGAGCAAAGAAAAAGUGUGAAUUUUAGUUAUAUUUACAUAGCAUACAUUUAAAUCGCAUGUAAGCUUUAAGUUAUUGUUAAGAUGUUUAUUUAUAAUAAAUAUUGUGAAUAUAAA